GUCAGGGCUAACAAAUUCGGCUUAUGCGGCCGUCGAGCAUGCAGUUUCGUCCCAGGGUACCACGACCCAUCCCGUGGCCACCAAUGAUGACAAUGACGACAACGACGCCCGUUUGGACCAAGUCAACCAAGACAGCUACUUUGACAAUCUCGAUGAUGGCAGCAGCAGCAGCAGCAGCAGUAGCCGUGGCGGUUCUGAAGGCGACGAACCAACCUCGGACCAGGAAACCACGAUCUACAAGCAUUUCGAAGAGUACAUACCACUCAUGGUGAUCUACAUGGCCAUCUGCUGUCUCGUGGGCACGCUGGUGCUGUCCAUCCGCCGACGAAUCGACAAGCUGGUGCAAGAACAGCAACAUCAACAGCAGCAACAGCACCAGACACAACAAGCCACUAUUAGUCUCCGCCACCCAGAAACAACACUCUCAAGUAUGGCCCAACUCCACCCGCAGAUCAACCAGGGCAACUUCCACCGCACCGCGGCGGCCACAGAGAGAGCCGGGAGACGUGAGCGUAGUAAGCGCCGCUUCCAAAACCACCCUUGCAUACUGUGUGCCCGCGGACUGGGCCUGAUUCUCGCCGCGGGAAUCCCCGUGCUCGGCUGGGCCGUGCUGGUCAGGCAUCUCUAUAUCUCGGGACGGAUGAAGAAGGAGUGGCAGCAGGCGGCCAGAGCUGCUGCUGCGGGGGAGGAAGAGGCGGCGCCAGCGGGCGUGGGAGCGGCCGACGACAACUCGCGGCCAAGUGCUGACGGCGUUAACGGCAACGGCGAGGACGAGGACGACUACGAGGCCGUCUACGACAUCGAGCAGGUCAGCAAGUACGACUCGCACUACGCGGGCUUCCGGCAAUACGCUGGUCUCUCCUCCUCCUCCUCCGGUGCCGCAUCUCUGGCAUUAGCCGCCACGAGCAGUAUCAACAACAACGACAACACGCAGGCUCCAGCACUGCACCCGCAGCAACAACAACAAUCUGCCAUACUAUACCAGCUCCCAGCUCCUCCGGCUAGAGCCCUGCUAACCAAGGCGAGAAUCAGGAGCUACCUCCCCACCAGCCACGACGACGACGACGACGACGACGACGACGACAACGACGACAAUAACAACGAGGCAUACGAGGGCCACAGCGUAGAUUUUGAGGAUGCCGACGACAACGAGUCUGUUCUCCAUCGCCGUGCGAGUGCCAGCCACAAUGCCCAGUUCAAGGGAUGCCCGAGCGAGACUACUCCCACGCGCAGACUGCCGAGUCAUCUGUGGGAGCGGACGAGGCUGUCUGCUCUCCGGGGCGUGUCAGCCGGCCGGUUUGAUUUGGAUGACUGAUGGCGUCAAUGGCGGCCAUGAUUGAUGUGUGUCUCGGGAGGACUCAGGAGUGAUCGCAUAAGAGGGGAAACUGGUGGUGACGAGACCGUGCAAGAUGCACGGAGGGUGAAGCCCCAGUUCGGUGCUACUUUCAUUUCGCAAGUACAGGUUUAUUGCAGCU